AUGGCAACUUCAAGCAGCAACAAUUAUGAUUAUAACUAUUCCUCAAGCUCUUCUGACGAGGAUUCCAAAGUUUCUGCAGCCAAAUCGAAAGCCAAGACAACUCAUGAUGAGGGGGUAAAUCCUAGUAUACCCCUGAACGACCGGAGAGUCACUUAUGCUGAGCUUAUGAAGCGAAAAGCCGAGACUGAUGAAACAGAGGAUCAUAAGCGUAGGAAGGAUCGAAUCCGGCACAAAAUACGAGCGGCAGAGGAGAGACGCCGAUUCGUCGAUGGGGUACCUUCUGACUCUGAUGCUGACGCUUCCGAAGAGGAAACCACGUGGGUGUUACCAGAGCGCAAGAUCAAGCUUGACCGGCGUACCAGGGAGCUUCAAAAGACUAUGAAACAAGUUGAACCUGAACUUGAAACUGAAGCAGAAGAAGACUCGGACGAUCCUUAUACCCAUCCAGACUUCAUCAAUGAUCCUGGUAGUGAUUCCGACGAAGAAGAGGAUUCCGAGAAGGACAGUGAUGAUGAAUCUGACAGCUCAGACGAAUCUGACGAGUAG